AUCACCUUUAAUAAUAUUUUGUGGCUAUUUUUAGGGACACCAUGCUAUUCUAAUAACCUCGCCUGCCAUCCUUCUGUUGGAGAUAUGCGAAGUGCCCUGAAAGUGAAAAUACAAAAUGCCAUUAAUUCAGCAAUUCUUGUUGAAUCUGAGGAUCGGGGGAUAUUUGUAGGGGGUCGGAGAAGAAACAGGAAGAAGAAAAGGACCAAACAUGUUAAAACAGAAAAGAAGAAAACGAAGAGGUCAGAGAGCGGAAGAGGGUCCCCCAACAUGACAGAGAAAAACAACAAAGUUGUCCUACAGAAAUCGGUUGAAGAAGACACCAAACCUCUGAUCGAGUCAGGAUUCUGUGACAGUAUUAUCUCCCUUGACGACGUACUUGGCCUUGACCUUGAGGAAGAAGAAGAGGAGGGGAUCCCGCCUCUUGUGGAGAGUGGAAUCAACUUUGGUCCCCUGGUGCAGUAUACGUAUGCAGUUCCAAACAUCACAGACUACAUCGAGCAGAUAGAAUCUAACGACAUGCCGUUAUUUAAAAAGAAACAACCACAGGAGGACGUUGAACAGCUGCAAGAAAAAUCAAAAGAACAAGGCAACGCUAACGAAGAGUCCGAAGAACGAAAAGUGGAAAUCAGAGAAGACAAUUCAGAACAAACCAAAAAACCGGAAACGGAAGAUGUAAACCAAAGCGAGGCUAAAGAAAAACCUGACUCCUCCCCGCAGGAUGGGACGGUAGGUGGCACUAGCUUUCCAACAGAGGAUGGCAAGGCGACGCCAGCAAAUGGCGAAGUUAAAAAUCAAGAAACAACUCUAGAAAAGACAGAAACAGUGGAAAAACAGACGCUGGUUGAGGAUGGCAUCACCACAAAAUACGAAAACGAGGUUGAUGGUGUAGUCAUCGAAACAGAGCAGAAAACCGUUGCUGCUGUAACAGAACAGCCGAACGGAAAGCAGGUCUCUAAGGAGUCGUCUCCUCUGAUCACUAAGGAGGAGGAGGGUACCUGCCUGUGCUGUACCAUCCUUUAAGAGGAAGACAAAAGACUCCACAAAGAUUGUUUCGUCGGAACUUUCGAUGGUCAGCGUGACUGCACAAGACUAAAAUUCUGCAUGUGUAUUGUGAUUUUUGUUACUGCUUUCAACUGAUAGAAUUUUUGGAAUGUUUCUCUAUGUGACGAUUAAUGUUUCUCAUGUGACGAAUUCAUUUAGGUGUCUUAUCAAUUGUUUCAGUAAUUUGACUGAACUCUUGUAUACUGAUAUGAUUUUUUUUUCAAGAGGACAGAAGUUUAUUCAUUUUUUUUAAAGAAAAAAACAAUUAAAUGAAAAAAAAUAUUAUUUGGAAGUUGCAGACUGUAAACUUUAUUAAAGACUCAUACAAACCACGUGAUGAACUUGGUCACGUGACAGACUGGUUAAAAGAAGGAAUAUGUGAUGUAUUCUCGCUGUACCGUUUACAUUUGCGCCAUGUUUUGUGUUUAAAUACGAUCAAAUCUUUACAAGAAUGACGGAAAUUUUAGCUUACUUAUCAUUCAAUGAAACUAAGCUCGUGUUUUAAUUUUUUUUUCCAUCUCGGUAUAUGUUUAUUGUGUGGCUUGAAUAAGAAUAAAUUAUGUAUAGGAUUAAAGUAACCAGAAAGCUUAA